AUGAAAAAAGCUAAUAAUAAACAAAUAGCUCAAACUAAUAAACUUGUAAAAUAUGACUCUUUCAGAUCUAAUGAUAGGAAUUUAAUUUUAUCAAACUUAAAUAAAUUAAAUGAUUGGAUAAAUAAUAAAAGUAAUUUUAAAGAAAUUGAAGAAACAGGUAUAUUUAAAGCUUUAAGUGAGCUAAUUGAUCAAUAUAAUGAAAAUCAAGAAAAUCAAGUUGAAAAUAAUGAAUUUACAGAAAUUAUAAUAUUAUUAGUUAAAUUUUUAAAGAAUUUAUCAGUUAAAGAAACGGAAACAAAUGAAAUUUUGAGAUCAUUAGAUUAUAUUCACAGAUUAGAAUUGAUUUUAAAUAAUAGUUAUGAUAGUGAUUUAUUAAAUGAUUCUUCAACAACAAUUGAAUGUUUACGUAAAUGUGCACCUUAUAGUGUUAGAAAAGUGGGUGUUGGAGAAUAUAGUGAACAAACUGGUCAAUUCCAAUGGAUGAUUGAAAUGAAACAAUUACAUUUUGAUGAAGUAUUUGUAGGUUGGAGAGUAUGGGAAGCUGGUAUUGGAUUUGGUAAAUGGGUUUUAGAGAAUAAACAAAUUUUCCAAGGUAAAGAAGUUUUAGAACUUGGUUCAGGUUUAGGUGUCGCUGGUUUUAUGGCUGGUUUAAUUUGUAAAUCUGUUUUAAUGACUGAUUAUACUCCAAAGCUUGUAUCAGCAUUAAAAGAUAAUUUAAAAAUAAAUUCUAGAAUUCCAGAAAUUAAAAAAGCAUGUACUGUUCAAGCAUUAGAUUGGGUUAAUGAUAAAGCACCAAAACCAUUUCACUAUGAUAUUGUAAUUGGAAGUGAAGUUAUUUAUGAUGAAAAGAUUGUUGAUCAUUUAGCAAAUAUUAUUCAUCAAAGUCUAACACCUAAUGGUAUAUUUUAUAGUACAGCUGCAACUGUUAGAAGAGGUAUUCCUGAAUUUAUUCAUUCAAUGAAAUCUCGUGGUUACACUGUUAAUUGUACUGAAUUUCCAAAAAGAUUUAUGCCUGAUACAAAAUUUGAUACUCACUUUUUUGAAAUUUAUAGAAAUAAAAAUAAAUAA